CGGGCCGUGCCAGGAACAGGCGCAAUUUUUGUGCGCACUGCCUGUCGGCGCCCGCGUCCUCGACCUGCGGCGACGGGACCGUCGACGUUAGCUCUCCAGUCGCUAUAUUUCCGACUUGGCUGCUACUUCCCGUUUCUUCCUGGUUGGCUUUCUUUUUUGUAUAACACGCCUCAUCGCACCUGCCGAUCUGUCCAUCGCUCCUUCCUCCGUCGAUAGUAGUGCCCCUCACCAGACAUCCCCGCGGAGACACUCGCCGGACAACACCACACUGCCGAUCCAUUCCUUCACACGCGUUGGAUAUAUAUCGGCCCUUCUCAAACACACAAGCCAAAAUCCGGCGGGCGUCCAUCACUGAUCGCCGUCAUGUCUUCCCACCCGAGCCUCACCAGCACGUACCGUGCGCGCGCCUCACUACCCACGACCGGGCCCUUGGCUUCAUACUUGCUGAGCCUGAUAUCCGUCAAGCAGACCAACCUCUGCCUCUCCGCCGAUGUCGAGACGUCUGCCGAACUCCUCCAACUGGCAGAAGAUGUCGGUGACUCAAUCUGCGUGCUCAAGACGCACUGCGACAUUGUCGUCGACUGGUCGGACAGGACAGCACAGGCACUGAGGGAGAUUGCCAAGCGGAAAUGGUUCCUCAUCUUCGAAGACCGAAAGUUUGCUGACAUUGGUGAAACCGUACAGAAGCAAUAUACUUCUGGACAUCACCGCAUUGCGCUCUGGGCUGAGAUCACCAACGCGCACGUCAUUCCUGGCCCAGCCAUCGUCACCGCGCUCGAGAAGGCUGCCGAUGCCACCAUCGCCAAGUACAACACGUCCGUAAACACCGAAAUCUCUGCCACACGGCAACUCAACGGCGUCGACGACGAUGACGACGAAGAAGACGAUCAAUACAUACAACAAAACUCGGCGAUUGAGUCACCCAUCGAGAUGGAAGGUGAGGAGAGGCGGCUAAGCAUCAAGGCUGCCGACCGCAAGCACAGCGUCGUCAGCGUGACAACCUCGAUAUCCAUGCGCACAGAAAGCAUAUCGCCGCGUCCAGAGCCAAAUGCCAACGGAGAAGAAGUCUUCGACUUGGACGUAGCAACAGAGCUCAUCCGACUUGGCCCACCACCGUUCCUCCGGUCGCUUCUGUUGCUUGCCGAGAUGAGCUCUGAGGGCCACCUCAUGACACCCGAAUAUCAGAAGCGGACCGUCGAGAUCGCACGCAGCCGUCCUGACUUUGUCAUGGGCUUCAUUGCGCAACGAAGCUUGAACACGGAGCCAGAGGACAACUUCAUCACUAUGACACCGGGCUGCCAGCUCCCGCCGCCAGGCCAGGAAGGCAAGAAGCUGGGCGAUGCUCUAGGCCAACAAUACAACACUCCUCGCAAGCUGAUCUUCGAGCAAGGGUGCGACAUCAUUAUUGUUGGGCGAGGCAUCGUGCGCGCACAAGAUCGUAAGGCGGAAGCAGAGCGAUACAGAAAGGCUGCUUGGUCAGCGUACGAGGAGAGGAUCAAGAAGGCGUAGAUGACUCGUCUGCGAGUCACUUUGCUAUAGCUGACAUAUACCCGUGCAACUUGCAGUUGCGAUGCUGCAUGGAGCAUUUGUGCACUUUGGUGCCUCUUCGACUACAGGAAUAUCAGAUACAGGACAUUUGGGGGCGUUGGAGGUCAUUUCACCCAUCAUGAAAACGCAUAUCACGGCGUUAUGAUCGCUGGCUCACGUAUGAAACACCAACCCAUCGUGCAUGCACGCAAAUUUAAAAUGCGGAUUAUGCUCCUAAGAUGACCCAAUAACCUGUUGUGCUGCUAUUGACAAUGAAUAUGGC